AUGGCAACUGCAGAAGAAAAAUUAAACGAUAGAAAAGAAUUUGAAAAAGUUUUUCCUGUUUUGUUAAAAGAAUUUGUCAAAGAGGCAGAAGAUAGGAAAUUUCCCCAGAACGCAAUUCAAUGGAUUAAAGACUGCUUAAAUCAUAAUGUUCCUGGCGGAAAAUUGAAUCGUGGCUUGUCAGUUGUUGAUACAUUUAAGUUAUUAAAAGAUAAUAACGUGACAGAACAAGAACUUUUUAAGGCCAGAGUUCUUGGUUGGUGUGUUGAAUGGCUUCAAGCUUUCUUUCUUGUUGCCGAUGACAUAAUGGAUCAAUCUAUUACUCGUCGUGGCCAACCUUGUUGGUACAAAAUGGAAGGGGUUGGAAAUAUUGCAAUUAAUGAUUCUUUUCUUUUGGAAGCUGGAAUCUAUUUUUUCUUGAAAAAAUAUUUUCGUCAGGAUCCUUAUUAUAUCGAUUUACUAGAGCUAUUUCAUGAGAUAACACUCGAGACAGAAUUUGGCCAAUUAUUAGAUUUAACAACCGCACCUGAAGACCAUAUAGACUUGAGUAAAUUCUCAAUUCAAAAGCAUAAAUUGAUCGUAUUACAUAAGACGGCAUAUUAUUCAUUUUAUCUUCCGGUCGCUUUGGCUAUGAGAAUGACUGGAAUUAAAGAUGAAAAGGCUUAUCAACAAGCUCAAGAUGUUUUAUUACCGUUAGGAGAAUACUUUCAAAUUCAGGCAUUAGCAAAAGCAAAUCCCGAACAAAGGAAACUUUUGGAUGAAAAUUAUGGAAAGAAAGAUCCCAAAAACGUGGAAGUUAUUAAAAGAAUUUACAAUGAGUUGGAUUUAGAAAGUGUGUAUAAGGAUUAUGAAAAUAAUUCUUAUGCGUACUUGAAUAGUUUAAUUUCUAAAGUUGAUGAUAAUUCCGUUAAACAUCAAUUUACAUUUGAAAAUCUUUUUGCACUUUUACGUUAUAUAUAA